AAAAAAUUAAAAUAAAGCCAUAAUAAGUCCAACAAGAUGCUAGGCCUAUUUCUGGUCUCAACUCAAGGUCAAUAAUGGAUCCAAUUCCUACCACCAUAAACAUUCCACGACCCACACUCCCAGGACCACUACUGAAACCUCCAAAACAAAAGGUCCAUCAUUGACGAACAACGAACCAUCAAGAAACAUCAGUCACAAACAAACAAACAACAGCCAACGACUCGCGACGAAACCAAACACACUCCUAAGCAUUGUCCUAAUUAUUUCCGUCGCCUUCGCUCUCUCUCUCUCCAACAACAUCAAAUAUUACAAAAGAUUUUUUAAAAAAAAAAGAAAAAGAAGAAAAAAAAUGGCGAUUAUUCAUUAUUCAGCAGCUUCACGUUGUUGCAUGCCAUCGCUGCAUCGCGCUUCGCCUUCUCGCUCGGUUCUCGCGCCCUCAAUCUUCUUCUUCCGCGACGCUGCUCCGACCCUCAGGCUCGACGUCUCGGUUCGGUCCCAGCCUCCAGGUUCGGACGGCUUCGGCGAACCCAUCAAUAACAAACACGCUUCUCGUGAUGCCUCCGUUGGGUUAUCCGCUUCUUCUUCUUCGUCGGUCAUCGAUUUUCUCACUCUCUGCCACCGCCUCAAGAUCACAAAAAGGAAAGGAUGGGUUAAUCAUGGGAUAAAAGGUGCUGAAUCGAUUGCUGACCAUAUGUACCGCAUGGCUUUAAUGGCAUUGAUUGCUGGCGAUGUUCCAGGAUUGAAUCGAGAAAGAUGUAUUAAAAUAGCACUCGUGCAUGAUAUUGCAGAAGCUAUUGUAGGAGAUAUAACACCAUCUGAUGGUGUGCCCAAGGCUGAAAAGAGCAGAAUGGAGCUGGAAGCUUUGAACAAAAUGUGUGAACUUCUUGGUGGAGGGAUGAGAGCUGAGGAGAUCAAAGAACUUUGGGAAGAGUAUGAAAACAAUUCUUCUGUAGAGGCAAAUCUUGUUAAGGAUUUUGACAAGUUCCCUUUCAUUGCAUACAAACGGGGGUAUAAGCAAAGACAUAUGAAUGACUUUGUUACAUCUUUAAUAUGCUCCUUGAUGCAAGAUCCCUUUGGGCACAAAGCAUGGACAACAAAGGUCCAUUUUUACAUUUGUUGUAAUUCUACUUUUAUUUAGAAGGGCAAAAUUAUGAAAGUCCUAAGUCCUAGUCAUAUGGUAAACAAGGUUGUGUUACCAUGCCAGUUUGGCCUGUGCUUUUUGGCACCAUCUGCCUCAAGGCAUUAAAAUCCACUGGCUCCUUUUACCAUUGACUGCCUUGGGACUUAAUAACACCUUGUACCAGAAUUUAUCAUCUGGUUAUUAGACUGAAGAAUAUCUGGAGGAGGGAACAUUAAUAAUUGGGUUUUGAAUUUGAUCUUGGAGAUGUAAAGACAGAAGUUGUCCGUUGCACUUCUUGGCUGUGAACAAUAUUGGUGAUUGGUAACAAUGGUAAUUGAGUGGAAGCUGUAGAAAUUUGAUGUUAGGAAACAUUUAAUGUAUGUUAAUUUUACUGUAAAUGAAAGAGCUGGUAUUGAGAAAUUAUAAGUACCAGCAUCAGACUACUCAAUUAUGAUUUUAAGUUUAGGAAAGUGCAAUGUGAUGAAUCCCGUAUAUAAAGCCA